AUGGAUCACGGACGCGAUCCCUGCCCCUGGGUCAUCUUCAACGACUUUGGCGGCGCUUUCUGCAUGGGCGCCAUCGGCGGCACCAUCUGGCACGGCGUCAAGGGCUUCCGCAACUCCCCCCACGGCGAGCGUCGCAUCGGCGCCAUCACGGCCGUCAAGAUGCGGGCUCCCGUGCUGGGCGGCAACUUUGGCGUCUGGGGCGGCCUCUUCUCCACGUUUGACUGCGCCGUCAAGGGCGUGCGCAAGAAGGAGGACCCCUACAACGCCAUCAUUGCCGGCUUCUUCACCGGCGGCUCGCUCGCCUUCCGCGGCGGCUUCAAGGCCGCUCGCAACAACGCCAUCGGCUGCGCCGUGCUGCUGGCCGUCAUCGAGGGCGUCGGCAUCGCCUUCUCCAAGAUGCUGUCGGGCGGCACCAAGCUCGAGGUUCCUCAGCCGCCGCCGAAUCUGGAGACCGCCAGCCUGUGA